GUCCAAGCACGGACAGGAAGCUCAUGAUGUAAGGGGGUGAAAAAACUAUGUUCUCGUUGACUAAAGACUCUUGACUGAAGAGAAGCUCCACCUUCCGUUUCAGACAUUGUCUCCUUAGUACCCACAACACAGAUCACUCAGAGAAGCGCCACCCAUCCAAUGGCUAUUGCUUCUGUCCGAUACAUUUCCAUUCGUUGUCUCUUCUUCUUCUUCUUCUUCUUCUUCUUCAUUCUCAUUUCUAUAUGCACCAGCCGAUCAGAAUACCCAAAAGAUUACUGCUUCACUUCCUUUGGAACCUACGCCCCAAACAGCACCUACCCAUUCAACCUCAAUACCCUUCUAUCAAAACUAACUUCAAACCAUAACGUCGACUAUGGCUUCUACAAUCUCACUUAUGGCCAAUCCCCUAACACAGUCUACGGAAUUGGUCUCUGCCGAGGAGAUGUUACUCCCACCACUUGCCGUUCUUGCCUCAGAAAUUCCACAACCAUCACACAAUCAUGUGAUGAAUACACCACCGCAAUUGCAAUCCACGAUGAAUGCCUAUUGUUCUACUCAGAUUACACAAUAUCUGGUGUCGUCUCGACUCUUGAUUUCACUAUCGACGAUAGGAGCGUCAUAGAUAAUAUAACAGAUUGGGAUCAGUACAAGCAAGUUCUAAACAACUUACUUGGGAGUCUGAGUCGGCAAGCAGCAUCCGGUGACUCUCGUCGAAAAUUUGCAGCCGGGAAUACUGAUGCAGGAUCGAGUAGGAGAAAGAUAUAUGGUGUUGCUCAGUGCAUGCCAGAUUUGAAUGAAUUAGAGUGUCGAAAUUGCUUGGGUGGGGCGAUUUCAAGAAUCCCAGAAUGUUGUGAGGGUAGCACUGGAGGUAGAGUUGUUAAACCGAGCUGCAAUAUCAGAUUUGAGAGCCACAAAUUCUAUGAAAUCAUGGCUGAUGUACCAAUUUCGGUGUCAGUAUCAACACCGGCACCAGUACCACCACUUUCUCCUUGUUCCGUCAAUACAACUACGUCACAGGGUGUUUUUUUCUUCCCCUUCAUUUUGAUUUCCAGAUGCACCAACCAAUCAAGCUACCCAGAAGAUUACUGCUUCACUUCCUCAAUCUUUGGAACCUACGCCCCGAACAGCACCUACCAGUUCAACCUCAAUACCCUCCUAUCAAAACUAACUUCAAACCCUGAUGUAGACUAUGGCUUCUACAAUCUCUCUUACGGCCAAUCCCCUAACACAGUAUACGGAAUUGGUCUCUGCCGAGGAGAUGUUACUCCCACCACUUGUCGUUCCUGCCUUAGAAAUUCCACAACCAUCACACAAUCGUGUGACAAAUACACCACCGCUAUUACAAUCCAUGACGAAUGCCUAUUGUUCUACUCAAAUUACAUAAUAUUCGGUCUGGUCCCAGCUCUUGGUUUCACUAUCGAUGAUAGGAGCGUCACAGAUAAUAUAACAGAUUGGAAUCAGUACAAGCAAGUUCUGAACGGCUUACUUGGGAGUUUGAGUCGGCAAGCAGCGUCCGGUGAUUCUCGCCGAAAAUUCGCAGCCGGGAAUACUGAUGCAGGAUCGAGUAGGAGAAAGAUAUACGGUAUUGCUCAGUGCAUGCCUGAUUUGAUUGAAUCGGAGUGUCAAAAUUGCUUGGAUGGGGCAAUCUCAAGAAUCCCAGAAUGUUGUGAGGGUAGCACAGGAGGUAGAGUCGUUAAACCGAGUUGCAAUAUCAGAUUUGAGAGCCACAGAUUCUAUGAAAUUGCGGCUGAUGCACCCAUUUCGGUAUCAGAAUCGCCACCGACACUGGCACCGCUACUUUAUCCUCCUUCUGUCAAUAUAACGACGUCACAAGGAAAACACAAUAAAUCAAGACUUUUCAUUGAGAUAACAGGGCCUGUAGUUGGCUUUGUGGUACUGCUUAGCUUUAUUGGGAUUUAUGUUGCAAGAGGAAGGAAGCUGAGAACAGCUUUUCAAAAUGAACUUGAAGCUGAAGCUGAAAUUGAGCCUGUUGCAUCAAUACAGUUCAGCUUUGACACCAUCAAAGUCGCUACAAAUUCCUUCUCUGAUGCAAAUAAGCUUGGUCAAGGUGGAUUUGGACCUGUUUAUAAGGGUAGGCUCUCCAAUGGACAAAAUAUUGCCGCCAAAAGGUUGUCAGGGGUUUCUGGGCAGGGAGAUACUGAAUUUAAGAAUGAAGUGCUAUUAAUGGCUAAGCUUCAACACCGAAAUUUAGUUCGGCUUCUUGGUUUUUGCUUGGAAGAAAAAGAGCGACUACUUAUCUAUGAACUCCUUCCAAAUAGAAGCCUUGAUCACUUCAUUUUCGAUCCUAUUAAGCGUGUAUGCUUGGAUUGGGAAGCACGUUUCAAAAUUAUAGAAGGCAUAGCCCGUGGACUUAAUUAUCUUCAUGAAGAAUCUCAACAACGAAUUAUUCAUCGAGAUCUUAAAGCAAGUAAUAUUCUACUAGAUACAAACAUGAAUCCUAAAAUAUCAGAUUUUGGAAUGGCAAAAUUAUUUUCCAUUGAUGAGUCUCAAGCCAAGACAAAUCGAAUUGUGGGAACUUUAGGUUAUAUGGCACCAGAGUAUGCAAAGCAUGGACGAUUCUCUGUAAAAUCUGAUAUAUUUAGUUUUGGUGUAUUAAUUCUAGAAAUUGUAAGAGGGCAAAAGAAUGGUCGCAUCCAUGAUGGGGAGAGUAUUGAGCACCUUCCAAGCUUUGCAUGGAAAAGCUGGAGGAGAGGGACAUCAUCUAAUAUUGUAGAUCCCACAUUAUCUGACAGUUCAAGAAGUGAAAUAAUGAGAUGCGUUCACAUUGGCUUGCUGUGUGUUCAAGAAAGGGCUGCUGAUAGACCAACCAUGGCUUCGGUUUUGCUUAUGCUUGACAGCGACUCUUUCUCUCUUCCAGAACCCUUACAACCUGCAUUUUUUAUGAACAAGAAAAGUUUAUCACACAUCAAAACUGAGGAGUACAAUUCUGUGUCAGCAAGCUCAAGUGAACAAAGUAGUAAAACUGCUGAAAUAUUAUCAGUAGAUAAGGCCUCAAUAACUAAGCUAUGUCCUCGCUAAGGGUUUAGGCUGUCAAAGGCUUGAAGCACUCUUAAUCCUACAAUACCACCAUAGGUGCUGGUGUACAAGUUUGAAUGCAACUUUGUGAACUUCCAGAACCUUUGUGCCACUUGGGUGAUGUUUCCUUUCAAACCUGCCAAAACUGUGUCAAAGUUGCAAUUCGAGAAAUCAAAAUCAAAUGUGC